CCCACGCAUCAUCCUCAGCGGCGAGUGAGUAGGUAACACACCCUCCCCACCGCCCACAAUGCCUCCCAGGAUACCGCUCCAGCGGACCUACAACCACAUCGCCCUCGCGCGGAGCGGGUAUGCCACGGUAACAGCCUCCGCAACGACGCCCGCGCCGCCCCUCGCCCAGCAGACGCAGGCCGCCUCGCCCAUCCGCCGCCACCCCGCCAACCAGCCGCCCUCGUACAAGCCGCCCGAGUUCCGCAAGUCGCAGCUGCACCGCCAGUACACGUCGCUGCUGCGGUCGUCGCCGCUGGUGCUGCUGUUCCAGCACAACAACCUGCGCGCGACCGAGUGGGCCGGCGUGCGGCGCGAGCUGCACCGCGCCCUGCACGCCGUCGACGUGGAGCUGGGGCUGGCGGGCGACGAGGGCACUGGCACCGGCCUCGCCGACUCGGCGCGCAUCCAGGUCCUGCAGGCCGGCCUGCUCGGCAGCGCCCUGCGCGUCGUCGAGUUCUGGGACCCCGCCGGUGCUGCCGCCGAGACGGUGCACCCCACGGACCCGCGCACCAGCUCCAGCGCCCCCGUCGCCCUCGACGAGCAGCCCACGCACGGCCUCUCGCGCGCCGCCCACGACGCCGCAAAGGCGCGCCGCAGCCGUCUGGAGCUCGAGGUGCUGCUGUCCGGGCCCGUCGCCGCGCUGGCCUUCCCCGCCGUCUCGCCUCAGCACCUCAAGGCCGCGCUGUGCACCCUCGCGCCCCACGCCCCCGACUUCCCCGCCCCGAGGCGCCGCGUCAACCCCGACUACCACGACCCGAGCGUGAUUUCAGGCGUGUCGAAGCUGAUGCUGCUGGGUGCGCGCGUCGAGGGCUCUGUCUUUGACCAGGCGGGCACGCGCUGGGUUGGUGGCAUUCCCGGUGGCUUGGAGGGCCUGCGUGGCCAGCUCGUUGCUAUGCUCCAGGGCUUUGGUGCACAGGUCACGACGGCGCUCGAGGGUGCUACCAGGAGCGUGUAUUUCACUCUCGAGGGCAGGAAGAUGCAGAUGGAGGACGAGGGGAAGCCCAAGGAGGACGCUGCCCCUGCCACCGAGGAGGCCAAAUAGAUAUCAUGAAGUGGAGGACCCGAUAUGGCUUGUGUAUGUACUUCAACGUUCUUGUAACAUCAGGCGGCUCAUGGGAUAUUAAAAAAAAAAAAAACACGCGCGCGCCUUCUACAGUGGGAUGGCGAUCUUCUUCUCUGUACAUCUGUCUCUAAUACCAUGCGUACACUAGUGAUGCACCAUCACUACUUU